GUGCAGAAUGUGUCGGUGUAUGUCGGAGCCUGGCUGGCCGCUCGGCGCCUUCAGACAAAGCUCAGCUAACAGGCUAACGGCUUAAUAGCUAGCCAAACACCGAGCGGUAACAUCUACAAAGAUUGGAUUUCUCUCCGUAUUAAUCUGGCCUCUGUGCGUCUCAUACGAGAACAAAUGUCAAGAUAUUCCCUUCAACACACGCUCAGAUAUCUACACAACCGCUAUAAACAAUAUUAAUGACAUUUUACGUCUUCGGUCGUGCGAUGGGAAUUUGUCUCCUCGGGGGAAACAUCGAGCUGAAGAAUCGACGCCAACAACACCUGAACUGAACACGCACUAACACACACCUGUGUGCCCUCACACACACACACACACACACACACACAUACACCCACACACACACACCCUCAGACCACAGAGGGAGUUGUUUUUUCACCUUCAGGUCGGACACUGCCGUCCCACGGUGCAUCGCUGCGUCACCGUCGUCCACCAUGUCGGACGCCCCGAGGCUGCGCCCCCCAGCCCCCCCACCCUCACCAACCCACCCCCACCUGAGGUCACCAAUCCCACCAAACCCGGCAGAAAGACCAACCAGCUGCAGUACAUGCAGAACGUGGUGGUGAAGACUCUGUGGAAGCAUCAGUUCGCCUGGCCUUUCUACCAGCCCGUCGACGCCAUCAAACUCUGCCUGGCGGACUACCACAAGGUGAUCAAGAACCCAAUGGACAUGGGAACCAUCAAGAAACGUCUGGAGAACAAUUAUUACUGGAGCGCGAGUGAGGCCAUGCAGGACUUCAACACCAUGUUCACCAACUGUUAUAUCUACAACAAGCCCACAGACGACAUCGUCCUGAUGGCUCAGGCUUUAGAGAAAAUCUUCCUGCAGAAAGUUGCUCAGAUGCCUCAAGAAGAAGUCGCUCUGCUGCCUCCAGCUCCCAAAGGAAAGACCAAGAGCAAACAGCCCACUGCUGCCACUACAGUGAGUCAGCAGGCGGAGUCUUCAGCCUCCCCGCCCCCCUCCUACCCCUCCCCCUCCCCCUCUCAAACACCUGUCAUCUCGACCACGCCCACGCCUGUCCAGGCCACGCCCCCCGUCUCUGCCCCGCAGCCCCCGGCAACCAUGAUGCCGUCUGCACAGCCCGUCGUCAAGAAGAAAGGUGUGAAGAGGAAAGCCGACACCACCACUCCGACCACGUCGGCCAUCUCUGCCGGUCGUGCCGACUCUCCGUCAGCUCAGGACACCAAACCAGCCAAACUGGGCUCGUCCCGCCGCGAGGCCGCCGCCCGCCCCGCCAAGACCCGCAGGGAGACGGGCGAGGAGGUGGCGGGGGGUGAGGUGGGAGCCGUUGGAGGGGGAGCUGGGGGAAGGAAGGGCGGCAAGCUCGGCGAGCAGAUGAAACACUGUGACGCCAUCCUGAAGGAGAUGCUGUCUAAGAAGCACGCCGCCUACGCCUGGCCCUUCUACAAGCCGGUGGACGCCGAGGCUCUGGAGCUGCACGACUACCACGACAUCAUCAAACACCCCAUGGACCUCAGCACCGUUCGGAAAAAGAUGGAUAAAGGAGAGUACAGCGAUCCUCAGAGCUUUGCGACCGACGUCAGGUUAAUGUUCUCCAACUGUUACAAGUACAACCCUCCAGACCACGAGGUGGUGGCCAUGGCCCGCAAGCUGCAGGACGUGUUCGAGAUGCGUUUCGCUAAGAUCCCAGACGAGGGCCUGGAGGCAUCGGUCCCGUCCACAACGCCGUUGGUCAGUAAAAGCACCGCCUCCUCUGACAGCAGCAACAACUCCUCCUCCGACGAAUCGUCCGACUCAGAGGAGGAGCGAGCCACGCGAUUGGCUGAGCUACAGGAGCAGGUUGGUGCUGCCGACCAAUCACAGUUGAAGGCGGUGCACGAGCAGCUGGCCGUCCUGUCCCAGGCUCCGGUCAGCAAGCCAAAGAAGAAGAAAGAGAAGAAAGACAAGGAGAAGAAGAAAGAGAAGGAGAAAGACAAAGGAAACAAGGGCAAAAUGGAGGACGAGAAGAAGCCCAAGGCUGCCGCUCAGCAGCCCAAACCAGCCAAUCAGAAGAAAGCACCGGCCAGGAAAGCCAACAGCACGGUGACCGCCACUAGGCAACCUAAGAAAGGCAGUAAGGCGUCGGGCGGUGGCUCGGCCAACGGAGACGACGGCGAGGAGUCGUCCCUGCCGAUGUCGUAUGACGAAAAGCGCCAGCUGAGCCUGGAUAUAAACCGGCUGCCGGGGGAGAAGCUGGGCCGCGUCGUCCACAUCAUCCAGUCCAGAGAGCCGUCGCUGAGGGACUCCAACCCGGACGAGAUCGAGAUCGAUUUUGAAACCCUCAAGCCCUCCACGCUCCGAGAGCUGGAGCGCUACGUCAAAUCCUGCCUGCAGAAGAAGCAGAGGAAGCUACUGCAGAAGGCAGCAGGAGGCGGGGCCUCCGGAGGCGGGGCUAGUCGUUUGAGUGGCAGCUCCUCUUCCUCCUCUGAUGACAGCUCCUCAACAGGAACCUCCUCUUCCUCCGACACAGACUGAACACACACACACACAUUACUGAACACACACACACACACACACACACAGAGGUUUAUCCACUCUACACACACACACACACACACAGAGGUUUAUCCACUCUACACACACACACACACACACACACACACAGGAACUCAAUCUUUACAGUUAACACAUGCAGAUACAGACUAACACACACAUCCAUGUAAACUUCCAUCCUGAACAAACACCCACACAAACAAGACAGAGAAACACACUCUGAACUUCUUACAACACACACACACACACACACACACUCACUCACUCACACACACGCCCAGACUUGGAGACUGUAUGUAAAUAGGCUGACCUGUUUUUUAGCUCCUAGUGUCGUUUAUUUUUUUUCCUGGAGGAAUGCAAACAGACAAGAGAAGAAGAAGAAAGCAGCAUCUUCCCACCGAGAGGAGGAGGAGGAGGAGGAGGAGGAGGAGGAGGGCGGCGUGUGUGCGCGAGUCGUAUCGAUCUUCUCUGAGCGCUCGAGCGUCGCCGCAGUGGACGUUUUAUUCUUCUUCUUCUUGGACGGCCGGCUGUGACCCCUGACCUCUGAAAACAUUCCAGAAGCAUCUAUAGAGCAUCAUGGGAGAGGAGGAGCAGGUGACCUCAGGGGGGUUUACUCCGAUCGGCGUGAGAGCGUCGUGGGACGCAGAAACUCCCCACCGCAGCCAAUCAAGUUCUGUCCAUAGUUCCCAUCGGAUCAGCCUGGAGCUGAUCCAGUUCUGAUGAACUGUGUUCGAACCUCGUCACGUGAGCUGCACGAAGGGAAGAGUCUGCUCUCCGGCUGCCAGAUGAAAGACCCAGCUCCAGCCAGCUUACGCAGACUCCAAACUUGCUGCAGACAGAAGAUCUGUGUGUCGUAGUCACAGUAGAUCGUUAUUUAGAGAUUCACUCGAGGUUUUCAAAGAUCCACUCGGUGUUCUUACUUUCUCAAAGAGCGUCUGAACAUUAAAUCCAGCCGUGCUCGCAGUCUGUCCGCUACGCCAAAGCGUUUCUUUAAAACGGCGUCCUGCAGCGUUGUACGAGGUAGCGUCACGGAGACUGAUCUGGGCCACGCCCCCCAUCAACACACGUGGAAACUGAAAUCAGCAGCUGGGGGUGCGGAGAGACCGUUACCGUCUGAGGUCACGCCGACCUCAGAGCCGGCGUCACGUGUGCGACUCUUGUGCGGAGAUGUAAUGUCAGCUAACACGCAGUGGAUUCUCUCUGCAACAAGUUUCCUGUCGCUGCAGGUGUUUUUGUUUUUAUAAAAAUCAAACUCGUGAAUUGAUUUUCAGUUCAGAAGCUGAUGGAUAAUUAGUCAAACGAUCAGCUGUGAUAUUGGAGUUGGACUAAAGAAGGAUCCGGGUUUCUGUUUUAGUUGAAAGUAAAAGCCCCCUGAGACCACACCUGUCCUCUGCUGGUCCUGCAACACAAACCCACAACGUACUGUCUGUCUGUCCCCGCGGUCAGUGGAGGGUCACCAGGCUCGGACCCCGAACCCCCCGAACCCCCCAAACCAGCGCCGGCUGUCGGCCGAGAGCGAGACAAACUUCUUUCUUUUUUUAACACUACAUUUCCUUUUAUUUUUCUGUUUUUUAUUUUCAGGUUGUGUGCUGAACUUGUUUGUGUCUUAUAAGGUUCUCUAUAUUAAAAUGUCUUUGUACCCCCCCCCCACCACCAAAACCACUCAUACUGUAACGGCCCCCGCCUCAUGGACGCCUCCCGUCAGAGUUGAACCCGUGAGGAAGAGUCCCGUCUCGAUUUGUUUCAGUUGCUGCACGCGGCGGCUCAGACUCGCACGAAAGGAGAAGAAGAAUAAAACUUCAUCUGCUGAAAAAAUAAACGCUUCGUCAAAGUUUCCCCAAAAAUAAGAAGUUACAACUGUGUAAAAUAAAUACGUCAGUGUCACUUACAAAUUCUGUAAGAGAAAAACAGCUGUUUAUUUUUUUAUCCAUUAUUUUUAUGAUUAAUUAUUUCCUCUUUAAAAUGUCCAAAAUAAAGACAGACUCGUCGUGAGGAGGCGCACGUCACAUUUCUGUUUCCUUCUCCGAUCAGACGAUAAAGGUUUUAUUUCUCAACAUGACGUCAAAAAAAACAAACUUUCCUCAAUCUGUUGGUGAUAAUUCGAUGAAAUUAUUUCUUUAACUUAUCAGAAUUUUAUUUCAUCUUUUUUUAAAUAACGUUCGAUCCGAUUGGCCGCAGCAGAGCCUCGUCGGCGCUGACUGACGAUCAGUGAAUGAAGAGAUUUCACAGCGUGAACUGAAACGUUUUAGACUUUUAUUUUACUCGUGAAGAAGCCGCGUUACCUUGUUUGUGGUGACAUCACCACCUCGUACUCGCCUGAUUGGUUCGUUAGAGGCGAGCUGCAGUCAGCUGACUCCUUCGGUCAGCGUUGUCAGGAAGCUUCCUUACGUUUGGGAUGCAGCCGCCAUCUAGCAGCACCCUGCUAGAUGUCAGACUGGUUGUCCUGGCUUUGACCUUUGACCCCUGAUAUCUGGUUUAGGCUUCAGGUGGCGGCGGCGGCGGCGGCGGCGGCGGGACACGCCGGGGUUUUCUGUCCCGAGGAGUGGUCUCGUGUUGUAGUCUGUUUCCGGGUGUCGGGUUGAGGUGAUUCAACGCAAGACCAAACUCCACGACACUCUGCUCCGAUUGGUCGGUUAAAGUCUGUGACGCCGGAAAAGGAAGUUUCCUCUGACAGAAAGUUAAAAUUUCCAAUUUUCCGACGUGUUUUGAACACAACGUUGUCAGACAGGUGGGGGGGUUCGUCAAUCAAUCAAUCAGAUCGAACCAAUCGGAAUAAAUCGUGACUUCUGCUCUCAAACAUACAGCUCACCUGUCUAACUGCCUGUCUGUCGUUUGUUAAAAUCAAACUCCUCUUGUUGACGAUCGCCUCGUAUGUGACCUUUGACCUCUGCUUGCGCUACAUAACGACCUCCGGCCUCGUCACGGACGCGGCCGUAAAUUCUGGACUUUCAGACCAGGACUCGGCUCGAUGAGGUCUGGAGCCGUUCGUGAUCUUCAGACCUUCAGGUGCAGCCCGCGUAAGUAAGGGAGGGUCUCGUUAGCCCUGAGUUUUGCGUCUCAGGCUUCGUUCGGAUCCUGCCUCCUGCUCUGUGAUUGGUCAAAUCUCACCUGUCUGUAAACUCAAAGCUUCUGAUUCGUGCAGAUUGUUGGUGUUAAAGAUAUCGAAUCGUGUAAUUAUUGGUUAACGAUCUGUUCGGGUUCAGCAGCAGGACGGAGAAUUUGAAGUGGAAAUGAAACAACUGAUCAAUUUAAUUGAUUUCAAUCAUUUUUUCUGUAAAAACUGAAGACUGAAGCUGCUUCAACAAUCUGAGGAUUUCUUUUCUGAUUUUCAUCUCGUUUCUAAUUGAAUCUGUUGGACAAACAAAUCAUGUUUCCCAAGCUUUCGACCAAAUGUCAUGGCCUUCAUCUUGCUCAGUUGUCAUGGAGAUGGUUUAGUUGUUAUGUGACUUAAGUCACGUCAAAACUAAACAUUAAUUUGUUUGAGCUUUUUUUUUUUUUUUUUAAACUGUCGUCAGACUGAAGAAACAUGUUGGGAAACUAAAAGCAAACAUUUGGUUUUGUUUUGGACAUUUUACAGACGAAUUAACACACACACACUUUCUCCCGGUGUGACAGACAGUCGGACAGCUCGUUGCCACAGUAACCCUCCUGUUUGUUUUUAGUUGAUGGUCGAGCUUUGAAGCUAAUAGUUAAUUUUUGUAUUUUAAUAAGAAAAACGAAAAAAGUGAUUUUAUGUAUUUGCAUGCACUCCGGCCGUACGUUCUUUCUUCCAUAUGUUUGAGCACUGUAUAGUAGCUGUAUAGUAGCUGUCUGAGGUUUAGAUCGAACUCCGCUCGAUAGAGUAGAGACACCGAGAGAGAGAGAGAGGACGAACCGACGAAAAACCAACAAGUGAAUUAUUUGAUGUAAUUACUGAUAUGGGAUCCUUAUUUUCUGAGUUCCUUUGUUUUCAUAAAUAAACACAUAAACUGA